AUGACACAAAACAAGGAACACAUAGUUAUGUUCCCAUUCAUGGCACAAGGCCACAUAAUUCCAUUCUUGGCUUUGGCCCAACUACUAGAGAAGAAAAAGGGUUGCACCAUAACCAUCAUCAACACCCCACUCAACAUCAAGAAGCUCAGCUCCUCUUUUCCUCCAAGCUCCUCCAUUCGCCUCCUUGAAAUCCCUUUCAAAAGCUCCGACCACGGCCUCCCUCCUGACGCCGAAAACACGAAUGCCUUAACCCCCAAUCUCUUCUUCAAAUUCUUUCAAGCUUCCUUGUCCCUCAAACCCUCUUUCAAACAUCUCAUGCACAAUCUUGUUCAUGAAACAAAUGGACAACAUGGACGACCGGCUUGCAUGAUCACCGACAUCUUCUUUGGCUGGACUACAGAGAUAGCUCAUGAGCUUGGCAUGCGCCAUGCUGUGUUUUCUAUAGUUGGAGCGUUUGGCAUGGCGUGCUAUUACUCAUCAUGCUUGCAUUUACCUCAUCUGAAAGCAAAAUCUGAUGAAACUGAAUUCACACUACCCGAUUUUCCAGAAGCUAAUAAAUGCCAUUCCUCCCAGCUCUCAGAAAGUCUUAGAGCCAGCAAUGGCACUGACCCCUUUGCAUUGUACUUGAAAAAAGUAUUUACUGAGGCCAUGAAAACCAACGGGCUUAUAAUCAACACAGUGGAGGAGCUUGACAGAAUUGGAACAAUGUACUUCAGGAAGACCUUAAACAUGCCAGUUUGGGCUGUAGGGCCACUUCUUCUACCAUCAGAAAAUGGAACUAACAGAGCUGGAAAAGAAGCUAAACUCACACCAGAGGCAUGCAAAAACUGGCUUGAUGCGAAAACACCCAAUUCAGUUUUGUACAUAUCAUUUGGUUCUCAGAAUUCAUUAUCCAAGUCUCAGAUGAUGCAGUUGGCAAUGGCAUUGGAGGCUAGUAGCAAAAAUUUCAUUUGGGUUGUUAGGCCACCAUUGGAAUAUGAUAUAGAUUCAGAGUUCAAGGAGGAUGAAUGCUUGCCAGAAGGGUUCGUGCAUAGGAUUAAAACUCAAAACAAAGGGUUAAUUGUGGAACAAUGGGCACCUCAACUUGAAAUUCUGUCUCAUAAAGCAACCUCUGCUUUUAUGAGCCAGUGUGGGUGGAAUUCAGUGAUGGAGUCCCUCAUCCAUGGGGUGCCUUUAAUUGGGUGGCCUAUGGCUUCUGAACAGUCUUUUACUGCCAAAUAUUUGGUGGAGCAGGUUGGGGUUUGUGUGGAGGUAGCAAGAGGGAGGAGCUGUGAGGUUAGGCAUGAAGAUAUAGUGGCAAAGAUGGAGUUGGUGAUGAAUGAGACAGAAAAAGGGAAUCAAAUGAGAAGAAAAGCUUGUGAGGCCAAGGAAAUUCUUAAGGAUGCCAUGAAGGAUGAAGAUGGAUACAAGGGGUCGUCUAUCAAAGCUUUGGAAGACUUUCUUACUGCUUGA